CCCUCCCUCACUGACACUCACAUAUAUAACGUAGAAACAGCUCGAGUGUUUCUAUUUGACUGAAGAGACUCAGACGCAGGACGAUCAGGUUGUGGCAGUGAGUGGACAUGAAGCUGAAUGUGUUUCUGUGGGUUGUGGUUCUGCUCGGCGUCUUCCUUCCUCGUUCUGCUGACGGUCGACCCUCGGUUGCUCCUCCCAGUCACCGCCUCCUCCUCCCCCGGCCACUGCUCCUCCGCCUGGGGGAGGAGUUCUCCCUGCGGCUGGGUGAAGGUGGAGUUUCCUCUGCCGCUGCUUCUCCAGACCUCCCCUCUUCCUCAGCGGUGAACCGGGCUCUGCUGCAGCUCACUGGGCUCCUCCUGCAGGCUGGGGCACAGCAGCAGCAGGGGAACGAGGAGGAGGCUUGGGGGAAAGGGAAGAGAUCUGACGAGCCUCCCAUCUCUCUCGAUCUGACGUUCCACCUGCUCAGGGAGGUCCUGGAGAUGGCCCGGGCGGAGCAGAUCGCCCAGCAGGCUGACAGCAACCGCAAAAUGAUGGACAGCUUCGGAAAAUAAAGACCACAGACAAUUCAAAUUUAAACUUUACUCUGACUGUUUUUAUUUUGAUUUCAUUCCUUGUAUUAUUCAGAUGAGUCAGUCUCAUAUUUGAGCUUCACACUUGAGUUUAAACUAUUUUCAGUGUUUAUUUACUUUAUUUAUUUGCAUAAACAAAUUUAAAAUCCGUACAAAAAUAAACAAUGUGGAAAAAGUCUCAGUGGCUUUUAUGGGAACCUAACUCUAUAAGUGUCCAAACAACUGGACCACAAAGCUAUUUAACAAAAGGAAAGGAACAGCUGGAACAUGAACAUGAAAGGAUUCAAACCCAGUGACUGACUCAGGUCAGCCACAGGACCACUGUAGCUCAUUGUGACUCAGUCCCACAUGCACCAUGCUAGUGGAAACCAAAUAUGAGUUCACCUGCCGCUGAAAAAAGUCCCUGAUAAUAUUAAAAUCUUAAGAUGCAAAUGAUAACAAGUUAAUAUUAAAAUAGUAAUGCAAUGAUGCUAAAAUUCUUAAGCUAAAAUCCU